UUUGGGGUCCCCAGCGAGGGGGGGGAGCCCCCCUGCAUCACCUCGGCCGGGUUCCAGUUCCUGCUGCUCGACACCCCCGCCCAGCUCUGGUUCUUCAUCCUGCAGUACCUCAGGGGGGCCGAGGCGCGGGGGAUGGACCUGGUGGAGAUCCUGUCCUUCCUGUUCCAGCUGAGCUUCUCCACACUGGGAAAGGAUUACUCGGUGGAGGGCAUGAGCGAGUCGCUGCUGACGUUCCUGCAGCACCUGAGGGAGUUCGGGCUGGUGUUCCAGAGGAAGCGGAAGUCGCGUCGGUUCUACCCGACCCGCCUGGCCAUCGCGCUGGCCUCGGGGGACGGCGGGGACAUCGCUGGGGACAUCGCUGGGACAUCGCUGGGGACAGCGGGGGACAUCGCUGGGGACAGAGCCCGACGGGCAGGCUUCAUCCUGGUGGAGACCAACUACCGCAUCUACGCCUACACAGACUCGGAGCUGCAGGUCGCCCUCAUCGCGCUCUUCUCGGAGCUCCUCUAUCGCUUCCCCAACCUGGUGGUGGCACAGGUGACAAGGGACAGCGUGCAGGCGGCCAUCGCCAACGGCAUCACCGCCGACCAGAUCAUUCACUUCCUGCGCACCCGCGCCCACCCCGCGAUGGCCAAACAGAGCCCGGUGCUGCCCCCGACCAUCACGGACCAGAUCCGGCUCUGGGAGCUCGAGCGGGACCGGCUGCGCUUCUCCGAGGGUGUGCUGUACAACCAGUUCCUGUCCCAGGUGGAUUUCGAGGUGCUGCGGGACCACGCCCGCGCCCUGGGCGUGCUCGUGUUCGAGAACCCCGCGCGGCGCCUGAUGGUCGUCACCCCCGCGGGGCACCCCGACGUCAAACGCUUCUGGAAGCGCCAGAAAACACAACGGCUGACCCCAAAAACCCCGAAAUACCCAAAAUCCCCGAGUUUGGGAUCCCCAAAAAUCACAAAAUCCUCAAAAUCGCCGAGUUUGGGGUCCAAAAAAGGCUAA